AUGCUCGGAAAGAUCGCCCUCGAGGAAGCCUUCGCGCUGCCUCGCUUCGAAGAAAAGACCCGCUGGUGGGCAGGUCUCUUCUCCACCGACGUGGAAACCCACGUCAAAGAAAUCACAGACAUUAACAAGAUUCGCGUGGAGCAUGCCGAUAAGCACGGCGUCGGCUACCAGAUCCUCUCCUACACAGCCCCAGGCGUCCAGGAUAUCUGGGACCCGGUUGAGGCGCAGAGCCUAGCCGUCGAAAUCAACGACUACAUCGCCGAGCAAGUGCGCGCCAACCCGACUCGAUUCGGAGCUUUUGCAACGCUCUCCAUGCACGACCCCCAACAAGCCGCCGACGAACUCCGCCGCUGCGUCGAGAAAUACGGCUUCAAGGGCGCCCUGGUGAACGACACGCAACGCGCCGGUCCAGAUGGCGACGACCUGAUCUUCUACGACAGCGCCAAAUGGGACGUAUUCUGGCAGACGUGCGCAGACCUGGAUGUGCCAUUCUACCUACACCCACGCAAUCCCACAGGCACAAUCUACGAGAAGCUCUGGGCAGACCGGAAAUGGCUGGUCGGACCACCGCUCAGCUUCGCGCACGGCGUCAGCCUCCACGUCCUGGGGAUGGUAACGAACGGAGUCUUCGACCGACAUCCGAAGCUGCAGGUCAUAAUGGGCCAUCUAGGCGAACACGUCCCGUUCGACAUGUGGCGGAUCAACCACUGGUUUGAGGACCGCAAGAAGCUGCUUGGAUUGGCGGAAACCUGCAAGAAGACGAUCCGGGAGUACUUUGCGGAGAAUAUCUGGAUCACGACGUCGGGGCAUUUCUCGACGACGACAUUGAACUUCUGUAUGGCGGAGGUUGGGGCGGAUCGGAUUCUCUUCUCGAUUGAUUAUCCGUUUGAGACGUUUGCGGAUGCGUGUGCCUGGUUUGAUCAUGCGGAGUUGAAUGGUACGGAUCGGUUGAAGAUUGGUCGGGAGAAUGCGAAGAGGUUGUUUAAGCUGGGGGAAUAUCAUGAUAGUAGUGCUUGA